AGCCAACGAGCUUGGAGGCUCGUCUUGGGUCCGAGGGCUGGUACGGAGUAGGAAUCGGUUGGAAGAGCCCCCUGCUCCGGUCUGGCCCGCUACUCCCCCCUCCCCCGGGAAAAACCCUGCCUCCUCCUCCUCCUCCUCCUCCCCUGAGAUAAAACCUCGGUCCGGGCGCUGCGUCGGUCUCCUUUAAGCCGGUCCCGUGGGGUGUUUGUCAGGGUAUGGCAGCGCUGGGAGCCGUAGUGAAGAAAGUGUGGUGUAUCCGCCGCUAUUUGGUGCUUCUGUGCGCUCCGCUGGUGCUCCUGCCCAUCCUCUUCAACCUUCCCCCCAAGGAAGGAAAAUGUCUCUAUGUCAUUUUGGUGAUGGCUAUAUAUUGGUGCACCGAAGCGCUGCCUUUAUCAGUGACUGCUCUUCUCCCUAUAAUUCUGUUUCCUUUCCUUGGAAUUCUCCCAGCCAACAAAGUUUGUCCCCAAUACUUUUUAGACACCAACUUCCUCUUUUUGAGUGGCUUGACCAUGGCGGCAGCCAUUGAAGAGUGGAAUCUGCAUCGCAGAAUUGCAUUAAGAAUCCUUAUGUUAGUGGGAGUCCAACCGGCCAGGCUCAUUUUAGGCAUGAUGCUAACAACUUCCUUCUUGUCUAUGUGGCUGAGUAACACAGCCUCUACUGCUAUGAUGCUACCAAUUGCAUUGGCUGUUUUAAAAAGCCUUUUCGGAGAUAAAGAAACAUCUAAUGAUUGCAAUAGUGUAAAAGAAGAACAUAAAGGUUCAGUACAUCAGAAUAAACUUCACAUGGUGCCAACUGAGAUGCAGCUUCUGACAAAUGCUAAUGAGAAAGAUAUGACUGAAGAGAAGGAAGUCACAGUUGACAUUUCCUUGGAUGUAAUGAAGGAAGAACAAUACAAGACAAAUGUAUGGAAAGCAUUUCUGAUUUCCAUCCCUUACGCUGCUAGUAUUGGUGGAACUGCAACACUGACUGGGACAGCCCCGAAUCUCAUUCUUUCAGGACAGUUAAAGAGUUAUUUUCCAGGAUGUGAUGUUGUGAACUUUGGCUCUUGGUUUGUGUUUGCCUUUCCCUUAAUGAUACUUUUCCUUUUUCUUGGAUGGCUCUGGAUAUGCUUCCUUUAUGGAUGCAUUAGCUUAAGAGACUGCAAAAAGAAAAAAUCGGAGAUAAGAGCUGAUGCAGAAGGCAGAGCUCGGGCAGUUAUAACGGAAGACUAUAAGAAACUGGGACCAAUAAAGUUUGCAGAGCAGGCAGUAUUUGUUCUCUUCUGUUUAUUUGCCAUCCUGCUGUUCUCUAGAGAUCCAAAAUUCAUCACAGGUUGGGCAAGCUUAUUCAAACCAGGGUUUGUCUCAGAUGCAGUUACUGGAAUCACAAUAGUGACAAUACUGUUCUUCUUCCCAGCGAAAAAGCCAUCUCUUAAAUGGUGGUUUGAUCUGAAAGCAUCAAAUAUUGAGAAUGAACCUUUGCUAACUUGGAGCAAAGCCCAAGAAAGUGUGCCUUGGAAUAUAAUCCUGUUGCUUGGAGGAGGGUUUGCAAUGGCAAAAGGAUGUGAGGAAUCAGGUUUGUCUGUCUGGAUUGGCGGUCGUCUUGACCCUCUGGAGAAUCUCCCUCCUCCUGUGGCUGUAAUUCUCAUCACAGCAGUCAUAGCGAUGUUCACAGAAUUUGCCAGUAACACAGCUACAAUCAUCAUCUUCUUGCCUGUCUUGGCAGAACUGGCCAUUCGUUUGAAGGUGAAUCCACUCUACUUAAUGAUACCAGGAACUGUAGGAUGCUCUUUUGCCUUCAUGCUUCCAGUCUCUACACCCCCAAAUUCUAUUGCUUUUGCUUCUGGGCAUUUGAUGGUCAAAGAUAUGGCGAGAACUGGCCUACUGAUGAAUUUGAUGGGAAUCUGUCUUCUGAGCUUGGCCAUCAAUACUUGGGCUAUGAGCAUCUUUCAGCUAGGCAGCUUUCCUUCCUGGGCCAACAUCCAUAUGGAAAAUGCAACCACCCUACUGGAAGAUGUUCAGAACAUUACUUUGAACUUAACUAUAAAUAAACUUAUAUAACUAUUACUUAACUAUAAGUAAAGCAACUUUAUUGAUGAGAUUGGGUAAGAAAACGUCUGUCCUCAAAUCUGAGCACUAAAUUAAAUUGAUAUUUAAUACAGGUACGCAUGGAAGGACAUACUGUGGAUUCGCCUCCACCAUAGGACCAUCAUGUAUUUUCGUUUGUUUUUACAAAUCUUUGUAAAUACUCAUUGACUCUUUGAAAGACAUAAAAGACUUUUUCAUUUUUCAUUCAAAGAAUUAUCAAGUAGCUCUAGAUAGGUCUAGUCUUUCACUGUUUGAGUCCUGGAAGAUCUUUUCCCAUCUUUCAUUGUUCAAAUAGAGGGGAUUAUUUUGCUUUACUAAAGAUGAUCAUUGCCUAAGUAUAGACAUAUCUGGCUAUUUAAUGUAGGAGCAUAUUGCAUCUGAAUACAGAAGCACAUGAAUAAUUAAAACAAUGUCUCUUCUCUUGAACCAGAAAACCUAUUGCAAACUAUAUAGUCUCUGCCAGAUAGAGGCACAGCAGGUUAUUAAAGCAGAAAUGUUUUUAAAAAAUCAUAUUAUCUUGUUUGACUAGGAUAGUGACAACUUGGUUGAAUCUGUGAUGUUUAGAAGAAACCAGGAGGACAGAUAAUAUUGAUAAUAUUAUAAAUCUGAGCUGUUCUGAAGAUAAUAGGUAAAAUCAAAAAGGUUUGCAUAUAUGUGCAAAUAUGAGUGGGAAAGUACUGAAUAUAAUCACAAAGAAAAGUGUUGAUCAUCUUUGUUUUCUGUGUGAUAUUUAUUGACCUUCUAUAAACAAAAUAGCCAUAAUAAGGUCAAAUAAGAAUACUCAGAACUGGCAGGACAGCCAAUUCUGUUGAACAUUGAUAGGAAUCUGUAGUAACUUAAAUGGUGUUAUCACCUCUUAGGCCAGAGUUUCCUUUCUCAAAAUUGUUGAAAACUCUGAUAUGCAUUAAAGAGCAUGUCAGUAGAUCAAUACCCUUAACUUGGUGCCUUUUGUGUCUGUUUCUUGAGGCCAAAGUACAGUACCCAUUUUGCGUAUUUUAACAAAAUUUUGUUUGAACAUGUACACUCUCUCCUACCAGAAUUACACACUUAGGGAUUUUAAUUAUAUUCUUGAUAAAUUCUAUAUGUUCACGGUGAUCUCUAAACAAUUUCUCUAGUGACAUAAAAAAUGUUAAGCUGUAUGAAGGAAUUGGAUAUGGCAUCCCAGACAUACCCAAAAGUUGCUCUCAAACUGUAGUUUUUUUUCAUGUGAUAAAAAAAGGGGCAAUUGCUAAAUAUAUGGCUAGAGAGUAGUCAUUAUAAAUGUAAUUAAUGUUAAUCACAAGUAAAUAUGAGUAAAAUGAAAUUAUACAUGGUUUUUGCCAUGAAUAUGUGCAUGAAUUUUGGGACUCAACGUUCAAGUUCAAAUGAGUUUGCAACACAUAAAAUGUUGCCUGCCCACAAUUGCCAUACACAAGCUUAUUAGUCCUGUAAAUGAUAAAACAAUUUAUUGAAGAAAAAGGAAAGGAAUGCAGAUUUUCUGAAUUAAAAUGAUCCUUUAACAAAAAGCAGUUACUAUGAAAAAUUGUCAACAGUAAGAUUUUGAAACAAGAACUUAACCAGUUCUAGACUCUACCAUGUCCUAUUGUCUUAUUGCAGGCUUGCUAGAUUCCUUCAGUCCAUUCUUGAUCCUAUAAAUGUCACGGAUUUGAGGCAAUUCAAGGCGUUGGUUAUCACCUUUAAAGCGCUCCAUGGCACAGGACCAGGUUACUUACGGGACCGCCUACUGCCACCAAUAGUCUCCCAUCGCCCUGUGCGCUCCCAUAGGGAGGGCCUCCUCAGGGUGCCGUCAGUCAAACAAUGCCGACUGGCGGCCCCCAGGGGGAGGGCCUUCUCUGUUGGGGGCUCCUGCCCUUUGGAAUGAGCUGCCUCCGGGGUUGUGUCAACUCCCCGACCUCCGGACUUUUAAACGCGAGCUCAAGAUUUUUUUAUUCCAUCAUGCGGGGCUAGCCUAACAAAAUUUUAAUGGGGUUUUUUAUGAUGGUGUUACGUUAGUUUUAAUCCUAUUUGGCCAAAUUUUAGAGUCAGUUUUUUCAUAUGUUUUUAAAUUUUGUUUAUGUCUAUGUUGUUUUUAUUUUGGCUGUAAACCGCCCUGAGUCCUUCAGGAGAAGGGCGAUAUAAAAAUUGAAUAAAUAAUAAUAAUAAUCCAAAAUAAAGUGGAGAGUAAAGUUGAAUGCUGGUCUGCUCUCAUUCAAAAGUAAUUGAAAGUGAAGCUUAAUGCUGGUUUGCUCUCAUUAAGCUUAAGUGACCAGUUACCCUUAGCAUUAUUCUAGACUUUUUUUUAAAAUAGUAGAUAGCAAUGUAUACGAAGGAGAUCUAAACUGGUAUUAAGGUUUGUUUUGUAUUGUUGUCCUCUAGAAUAUGUUAGAUUCCACCAAAUGCACUAUCUGACUCCAUAUAAAAUAAAUUAGUGUGCUGGCCAUAGAAUAGAGCAGGAUUUCUCAACCUUGGCCACUUGAAAGAUAUGGACUUCAACUCCAAGAAUUCAAUUCCCCAUGCUAUCUAGGGGAAAUUUGGGAGUUGAAGUCUACAUAUCUUCAAAUGACUUAGGUUGAGAAAAAACUGGAAUAGGGUGUGGCUUCUUUUUAGACUUGCCAUUGUCCAAUGGAGAAAUUUAUCUGGUAUAAAGUAAAAUGACAAAGUUGACUUGGUAGUGGCAUUAGUUAUUGGCAGCAUCAUACCUGAGAAUGCUUUAUCACAGGUCAUAGUCACUAUCCAGAACUCUCCCUCUAUGUGUCCAAAUUAUGAAAAUGGUAAACGUUUUGAUUGUUGAUCUUUCCAUAUCCAUGAGUCCUUUGUGGGGAAUUAUUUGUUGCUUGGAUUUGAGGGAUGGAUGUUAAAAUCUGAUCAGUUUUUAUUGAUUGAUGAUCUGUGUACUUUCAGUGAAAGUGUUUGUGUAUGAACAUUGAUUCCAAUCAACACUGUAAACCUGAUUCUGUGUUAUAUUAUUAUAUAUGUAUGUAUAAGAAAUGGACUUUAAGCAAGUAUAAGAUCAAUGCUGAAAGCAUGCUUUGGAAGAUUUAAUAUAAGGAAU